GAUAUUGAGCUUUGACUUGUUGAAAUUAAAAGUAUAUGUUGUAAGUGUUCAAUUGGAGACAAGUUUUGAGGAAACUAAGGGUUUUUCGAGUGGGAUUUAUGGGAAAGAUGUAAAGUUUGCUGUUGAAGCUAAAGAUAAUGUAAGUACUAGGUUUGAGGCAUCAAGGGUUUGUUGUGAGAUUGAUUAUGGGGAAGAAAAUUGAUCCUGUGAUUAGUGCUGCUAGUAUGGCGUAUAGUAUGAGGAAUGAGAAAUUGACUAAGGGAGAGAAAGAAAUGAUUGACGAUUUUGUGAAUGUUUGAUGAAGCAAUUAGGAACCACGUAUGAAGUUGGGGACAUGGUAUGGGCAAAGAUUAAAUCACAUCCGUGGUGGCCGAGGCAGGUAUUCCUUGAAGCUUUUGCAAUGCCUUGUGUGAGUAAAACCAAGAAACAGGGGCAUCUGUUGGUUGCAUUUUUUGGAGAUAAUAGCUAUGGAUGGUUUGAUCGAAUGGAGCUUAUACCAUUUGACGUUAAUUAUGUUGAGAAAUCGAUGCAAACAGAUGCUAGGCCGUUUUUAGAUGCUGUUGAAGAGGCAGAGGAUGAGGCUGGUAGGAGAGCUGCUCUUGGAGUGUCCUGUCAGUGUCAUAAUCCUUGUAACUUUCGGGCAACGGGUGUUAAAAGGUUUGUUGAAGUUGAUAUGAAUGGCCAUCAGCUCGGUGUGGUGUAUUCAAAGCAGCAAAUUAAAAAUGCUAGAGAAGGGUUUCAGCCUUUCGAGAUGCUUUGUUUUGUACACAAGUUAGCAUCUAUGCCAUCUAGUGAUUUGAAAAGAAGCAUUGAUUGGAUUAAGAAUAUCGCUGUUGUUCUUGCUUACCGGAAGGCCGUGUUUGAGGAUGUCGAUAAGACCUAUGCUCAGGCCUUGGGAGAACAGCCAAUACAUGGUGCCAAAUCAUUUCAGGCUUUGAAUCUGCAGGAGCAAGGGCAUUCUCAAGAUCCUUUUCGCAAAGAAGCCACAACUGUAAAGAAGUCAACACUUGAAAAUAAUUCAAUUAAGGCUACAGUUGACGGAGAACCAAAGAGGGUAAAAUAUUGUGACAGAUCUCAAGGUUUCCAACAAUGCCGGCCAAAAUUCAAAAAACUAGUUGAAACUAGUCAUUCUUUGGAGAAUGUGCAGGUGGUUGGAAGAGUUUUGCCUCCCCCAGAUGCUGUAGUAAUUCGAAAGGUUACCAGUAGUGAAGGUCUGGAUGAGAAACCAAGAGUUCAGGAACGUUUUGGAGGAGAUUUACAUUCUGAGGAAACUCUUUUAGCGGGUAAAAAUAAAAGGAAGAAAGAAUUUAAGUCUGAGCCAGACCUUGAAUGUUCAGAUAAUCUCCUUAAAGAUGAAAAACGAGAAUCAGGCUAUAAACCACACACCUUUUCUUCUGAUUCUAUGGCUACAGAGCAAAUGGUUGGUUUAAGAAGUAUUAACAGCAACUUUCCCCAGUUGCUUAGUUAUCUGUUAGAUCUUGCUCAUAGCCCGUGUCAUUGCAAGAACAAUAUCCCUGAAAUUGUGCCGAAGUUUUUCAUGAAACUCAGAUCUGUAGUCUUUAAGAAAGACUUUGUUGUGGCCCCAGCAGCAGAAGCCGAAUUAACUGAAAGUUCACCUACUAAAUCUUCUGCCUGUUGUGUGGCUAAGAGUCCUUACAAUGUAACUGCUCAAGACCUGCCUUGUGCUUUGAAACCACCAAAAAAAGGGCUCAAACCUGAUGAUUAUGCAAAUGUUGGAGUAAACAGCAGCAUUUGUGAUCAUGUGAAAAAGAUGCCUGUGGAAGAACUGAAAAAAAUGAAGGAGCUUAAGUUAUUGACUGCAGAAAAGCAGACUGACAGCUGGAAGCUUCUGAAACCUAAAGGUAGCAAUGAGAGAAAAAUGAAUGUGGUAGUCCCAAAAAAGCUGACAACACAUACACCCAGGAACAUGCAGGAGACUUCAACAAGGGCCGCUGAACCUACAAUGAUAGGGAUGCAAUUCCCUCAUCAAUCAGCGCUGCCCUCAGUUUCAGAGCUCAAAGCAAGAUUUGCACGCUUCGGGCAGCUUCAUUCUGCUCCUCAUGUGUUUUGGAAAUUCUCAACAUGCCAGGUUAUAUUCAAGUUCAAAUCAAAUGCUCAGGCAGCGUAUGAAUAUGCAGUCAAAAACAGAUCACUAUUUGGCAGUGCAAAGGUAGAAUAUUAUCUGCAAGCCUUCCAAGUUCCUGCCACAGAAUUCCCUAAACCAGGCAAGCAGCUUGUUAUAGGAAAAUCCCCUGAUUGGGUUCCACCUGUUAUGUCCAUGAGCAUGGGUAAUUCCACUAAACCAAGGUCUACGCCACCUCAGCUUCCAAAUGUCCAGUCAAAAUCAUUUCUGAAGAAGCAACAGGUUGAUGAGGUUAUCAUUAUUCAUAGUGACACCCCCCAUGUCAAAAAUAUGAUGAAAGGGGAGGAAAGUAUUGGCACAGAGCAGUUGGCAAAUCGCAAUGUCAAAAUCUCUGUUGGCAAUCAUUCAAAUGAUACUUCAGAUGCCUAUGCAACAGUCAACAUUAAUCCACAAAACUUGCACGAGGUCAUGCCUCCUCUUCCUCUCCCUCCAAACAGGAUCUCUUGCAUGCUUGAGAACCACAAACUUGACCAUUUUGUAGAGAUUUGCAACAGGCGAUAUCUUCAACUUGAAGCAAGGAACAAGUGUAUCUAUACCCCUAGCAGCGAGAGGAGCAUCAACAUCUCAAAUCAAACACUAAACCUUUUAAUGAGAUGCCAUGACAUAGUUGCCAACUUAAAGUGCUCACUGGGAUAUGUGCCUUUCAAUCUCUGAUGUGAUGAGCAGCAGCAUAACAGCCGUGAAAUGCAGGAGUAAGUGUGAAAUUAGGCAGUCUAGAAUCGCCGAAUCGCCAAACCAAGACCCUUUUUACUUUUCCUAAAGUUUCAGUGUAAAAAAGUAAUGUGGAUGCUUGAGAGUUACAAAAAAAAGGAAAGUUGGUAUAGGAAUCUAUUAUUAUUGAAGAAUGAUGGGAAGUAGAUAGUUGUUACAUUGACACAACAGUAGUACAGCUUGUAAAUGCUUUUAGAAGGUGAAAAGAAAAAGCUCCCAGAAUGUUUCUUAUUGUUCUGCUUAGCCAUAUUAUUGGGAUAGGUAUAAGAUUCUGGCGGUCCAACUCUGGAAAACUGGACAAUAUUUUAAGAUUGCAGGGGGAAGAAUGUAUCAUUAUUGAAGGUUUCCUACCGCG